GAGCUGGACGGCUUCGGCGCUCCGGUGCUGAGCGUGGCGCUGAGCCCGAGCGCCGCCGUGCUGCUCACCACCUGCUGCGACGGCAAGGUCACCUUCUGGGACGCCGGCUCGGGCCGCCGGCUGGCCGCGCACGCGCUGCUGGCCGUCAGUAACGACGUGAGCACGGCGCCGAGUCCGGCGCGGCCCUCCUGGAGCCCCGACGGCCGCUCGGCGGUCGUGCCCGUCGGCGACGGCGUCCGCCUGUUCGGCGGCGACGACUGGUCCGAGCGGCGCCGGCUGAGCAGCGAGCUCAUCACCCGGCCGGUGACGGCGUGCGCGUUCUCGCCGUGCGGCCGGUUCGUGGCGGCGGCCACCGCCGACGGCCUGCUGCUCGAGUGGCGGCUGGCCGGAGACGGGCCGGCGCGCCAGCUGGACCGCCACGAGGGCCGGCUGCGCGUGAACGCGCUCUGCUGGCACCCGGACGGAGACCGUCUGGCGUUCACCGACAACGCCGGCCAGCUGGGCGUGACCUCCAACGUGCGCGCCGGCCGGGCGACCGCCCCCGCCGCCGCCGCCGACCCGGACGCCCUGAUGGACAUCGACAGCCUGCAAGACGCCAUCGAUGACGACGACGACCGCGAUCUGUUGGAGGCCGCCCUGGACGGCGAGAAGAACACGCUCGACGACCCGAAACUCAUCGACGACGACGACGAAGAAGAUGACAACGUGAUAUCGCUCCGCAAGAUAAAGGCCGAGUCGGGUUUCCUGUCGGACGCUGACGGCGAGGCGACCGACGGCGCCACUGAGGCCCGCCCGUCAGCGGCGCCCGCGGCCGCCCCGCCGGCGCCGGUGCCCCGCGGGCCCGCGUUCGCCGAGCCGCAGCCGGCGUUCCAGCCGGGCAGCACGCCGGCCCACCUGGAGCGCCGCUUCAUGGUGUGGAACGCGGUGGGCGUGGUGACCGCUCACGAGGCCGACUCGAUCGACGUCGAGUUCCACGACUCGGCCGUGCACCACCCGCUGCACCUGCGCAACACGCUGGGCCACACGCUGGCGGCGCUGUCGGAGCGGGCGCUGCUGCUGGCGGCGCCCGCGCAGGACGACGCGCCCGCCAAGCUGCAGUGCCUCCACUUCAGCUCGUGGGACUCCAACAAGGAGUGGUACCUGGACCUGGCCGACGGCGAGGAGCCCGAGGCGGUGGCGCUGGGCGCCGACUGGCUGGCCGUGGCCACCAGCCGCCGGCUGCUGCGCGUUCUGACGCUGACGGGCGUGCAGCUGCGCGUGCUGAGCCUGUGCGGCCGGCCGGUGUGUCUGGCCGGCUGGGAGGACCGGCUGCUGGUGGUCCACCACGCCGGCACCGGCCUGCCCGGCGAGCAGAGCCUGGCCGCCCAGCUGCUGUCGGCUGCCGGCCGCCGGCCGCCGUCGCUGGCGCCGGCGCCGGUGCCCGUGCCGCUGGCGCCCCAGUCGCGGCUGGUGUGGGCCGGCUUCAGCGACCAGGGCACGCCGUGUGUGGCCGACUCGAGCGGCGCGCUGCGGCUGCUGACCGGCCGGCAGGGCGCCGCCUGGACGCCGCUCGAGGCGCCGCACCCGGGCGCCGACCACCUGUUCGUGGUGGGCGUCUCGGAGCUGGAGCAGACGGCGCGCGGCCUGCUGUGCCGCGGCAGCCGGUACCCGGCCGUGCUGCCGCGGCCCGUGCUCAGCGUGCUGCCGCUGCGCCUGCCGCUGGCCGAGGCCGACUCGGCGCGCGGCAAACUGGAGGAGGAGGCGGCGCGCGCGCGCCUCCUGCUCGACACGCUCAGCCGGCUGGACGCGGCCGGCUUCGAGACGGAGGAGGCGGCCGUGGAGCCGCGCCGGGCGCGCGCCGCCGCGCUCACCCAGCUGUUCGCGCUGGCGGUGCGCACCGACCGCGAGCACCGGGCGCUGGACGUGGCCGCGCAGAUGGAGCAGGUGGCCACCGUGGAGGCCGUGGCCGGGUACGCGUCCCGCCAGCGGCGCGCCGUGCUCGCCCAGCGGCUCAUGGAGCUGGCCCAGACACUGGCCGACGCGCCCGACGACGACGACGAGCCCGAGCCGGCGACCGAGGACUGGGCGCCGCGCGCGGCGGCCGAGCGGGCGCCGUCGGAGCGUGUGGCGGAGCCGGAGCGGGUGCCGCGGCGCGCACAGACCCCAGACCAGCUGUCCGAGGGGGAGGAGGAGGAGGGCGGGGAGGAAGGCCCGCCGCCAGUGCCCGUGCUGCCGGAGAUAGCGGAGAAGUCGGGUGACGCCGUGAGCCGGUCCGACAUCGCUCCUGGCCGACUGACGCCCUGUAACCCGUUCAAAUGCCAGCCGGCCAAGCCGGCCACUCAGGCUGGCAAAGGCGCCGCCGUGUUCGAUGAUAUCAAGCGGCAGGAGGCGCCGGUGAAACGGACGCUGCCAGAAGGUAAGGCGGCCAGGGGCGGCGUCAAACCAAAGAGGCCACGAGUCUCGAAAGAUGCCGCCGGUAAACUGGGCUCCAUCAAGAGCGCGUUCGCGCCCAAACCGCGCGUAGAGAAGGAGAAUCUUGAAUCUGAGAAGUGCGAGACCAGCGACGUGUCCGAAAAUAGUACAAAGAGUGCCCCGAAGGUAGGCUCUGGUCUCGCCAAGUUGUCAGCCUUUGCUUUUACGGAGAAGUGAACUAAAUGAUUCCGGCUCCCUUUUAAAUGCGUUUUUUUUUUUUCGCUCCAAUGAGAGGAGGUUUAAACAUUUUAUCCUGUUUUGCAGUAACGUGGCUCGAAGGGUCUUACGGCCUCAUACAUGUAAAGGAUUGAAAGACUGUAGUGCCGCAGUCUCUUGUGCUCCACCUUGGGGCGUGUAAAUACAUUACAUGUGCUAG